UCCUCCUUGAAUUCCAGCGUGCUGAGACUUCCCUCUAGAAUCAUCCAAAAUGGAGCCUCUUACAGCUUACCCUUUAAGAUGUUCAGGGCCCAAAACAAAGGUAUUUGCAGUUUUGCUGUCUAUGGUUCUAUGCACAGUAAUGCUAUUUCUUCUACAGCUAAAAUUCCUAAAACCUAAAAUCAACAGCUUUUAUACCUUUGAAGUGAAAGAUGCAAAAGGAAGACCAGUGUCUCUGGAAAAGUUUAAAGGCAAAGAGGUUACACUAGUUGUAAACGUGGCUAGUGACUGCCAACUCACAGACAGAAAUUACUUAGCACUGCAGGAACUGCACAAAGAGUUUGGACCAUUCCACUUCAGCGUCUUGGCUUUUCCAUGCAAUCAGUUUGGAGAAUCGGAGCCCCGCCCAAGCAAGGAAGUAGUAUCUUUUGCAAGAAAUAACUACGGAGUAACAUUUCCCAUCUUCCACAAGAUUAAGAUUCUAGGACCUGAAGCAGAACCUGCAUUUAGAUUUCUUGUUGAUUCUUCAAAGAAGGAACCAAGGUGGAAUUUUUGGAAGUAUCUGGUCAACCCUGAGGGUCAAGUUUUGAAGUCCUGGAGGCCAGAGGAAUCCAUUGAGGUCAUCAGGCCUGAGAUAGCAGAUCUGAUUAGACAAAUGAUCAUUAAAAAAAGAGAGGAUCUAUGAAAAUGCCAUUGAGCCAUUGUAAUGCAAUAGUCAGAAUAUGGAAAUGUCUGCAUGAAGUUUUGGUCUUAUUUUAAAUACUCUGACAAUUAAAUGUGGAUGAUUUUUUAUGUUAUCUUGCUAGUGAGUGGUAAUGAAUGUCCCCACAACAGAGAAGUUACCCAAAGUAAAAAUAAAGAGUACCCAAGAAUCACAAUGAAAUAUAUUAAAUACUUCAUUUGACCACACUAAAUAAUUUAGAAAACACAGUUACUGUUGUGCUUCAAUAUCCUAUUGAAAUUUUCUAGGAUCAUACUUGAUGAAAUGACAUCACACUAGACCACUGUUUGAUUUCAAGACAUUAUGUGACUGAAAUUUCUGGAGUAACUAACUGUAAAUGGCUAUUUUUGUGUAAUAAAACACACAGUAAACAUUAGAAAUAUAAAA